GGCGCGCUGGCGUGAGCGCCGCAUGCGGUGAAAAAUCUCAACGAGCGGGUGUACACCCUCUCCUGUCUCUCCUUCACACCGCCUCGAUUGCCUGCUGCACUGAACGUGUUUGCGCAGGUCUCAUAGCGCGCACGUGCACUAUGUUCACGCUUAGAUCGGCCUUCAAGAAGAUCUGUGCGGUGGACAACUAUUUUCGCGGCUGCAAUGUGGCGAAAGGGCAACUUCUGCUUAGCCAUGUAGUUGACGCUGUGCAGUUCGUCGGAGACGACAUCGUCCUCGCCAAGGGGAAGUGCGUUUCGCAAGUCAAGGACGACGUUGUUUACGACGUGGAGUUAGAGCUGUCAUGGUCAUGCCCCCUGAAACGAGAGCUUCGCAUUUCCUGCGGCAAGUGCACUUGCAUUGCUGGUGUACGGGGUCAGUGCAAGCAUGCAGUGGCCGUAUGCCUCUACAUCAACAGCUAUGAGGAGGACAGCUGCACAAGCCGACCUCAGCAGUGGGGAAAGCCCAGCGCAAAACCCCGGAUGCAGAGAUCACAACACUUAUCAGACGUGGUGCCUCAUGGCAUCAGGAGAGGAGGCUUCGCAUCAGCAGUACCAAAGCACACCUGAUUCGGACAAAAAGGGAUGACAAAGGGCUUCAGAAAGCUGCUCAGCAACUCCUGAAAUCCAGCUCCUACAAGAGUGCUGCCAUGUGCUAUGGUGCGUUUUUCACUUUACACUACCAAAAUGGAAAGAAUAAUUUUGGCCUUGGCUAGUCUGAAGUGCCUUUAUUGGGUUAUACACAAAACCAUUAGUACUGAUUUUGUAUUGUACUGUCAAAAAAUAUCAUUGCAGGAAUUACAACUGAAGGCACAGCACGAGAGGACCUGGAGAGAAGGCUUGGAGCAAGAAUUGUGCAGGUAGGACUCCUUCCUUUUAUGUAAAGCACUGAAGGUGCAAAAAUUAUAUUCUGCAUAUAGCGGUAUUCCCAAACCUCAUUGUCAUAUCUGUAUUCUCUAGACUGGACUGGUGGUUCUUCCUGAGCAACCUUGGCUGUGCUGCAGCCCCGACGGACUUGUACAGCUUGCUAAUGAGACUGUCCUGAUUGAAAUCAAGUGCACAUAUAAAUUCAAGGAUACACCAUUUAUCAGAUACGAAGAACGGCAUUGUGAGCUUCCAUAUUUGAUAUUCAUUGAUGACAAAAUUGAAUUAAGAAAGUCACACCAAUACUACACUCAGUUGCAGGUCCAAAUGUAUGUUCUUAAUUUGCAGAAAGCUUUGCUCUUUGUGUACAGUCAAGAUCAGUGUGUAAUAGUUGCUGUAAAGAGGGAUGAAGCGUUUUUGUGGGAGCUCAUCCCUAAAAUGGAGUAUUUUUAUUUCAAGUUCUUUGUGCCUGCUCUGUUUUAAUAUUAUUUUAACUGUUUCCAUCGCGUGAGUUUUCAUUUUUAGGUCCAGAAUUUUAAAGAGGCAUUCUGUGAAGUAUUGCUGGCAUCAUGUCCGCAAAAUGUUUAUGUUCUCACAAUGUGAUAUUUUCAGUUCGCUUUAAAAAAAUGCUUAGGGGUAUAUGCACUUUAAAAGUUGGAAUGUUGUAAAGUGCAGUCAUUUAUUGUCAGAGCUUCGAAAGUGCAGUGCUUUUAUUUUAAUUUGUAUGUGUGGUGUGUUUAGUCUACAAGCAAUAUUUUAGUGCCACACAAUUCUGGAUGAAACAUGCAUUUAUUUAUUUCUGCCAUGUGUGAUGUUUUUUGUUUGCUGCAUACUGGUAGACGAAGUGUGAGAGUGUGUUUUCUACUGUCACUACCUACAAGUUGGCAUGGGACAUGCCCGAGUUUUGAAAAUGUGAAUACAGUGCCUUCAUAAAGAUUUGUGAGUCUAGUCUACAUGCAAUAUAGUUGUGUCACACUGUCCUGUAGAAAACUUUAGUAUUUAUAAUUUCUGAUGUUUAUAAGGUGUACUGCAUCCAUAUAGUGCUUAGGUCUACAUUAAUACCGGUUGAGAUGGCGUGGCUAUGCCACAGCUUUGAAAAUAUGAAUACAGUGUCUCCAAUAUGGUAACGUGUCUAGCCUACAUGCAAUGUUUAGUGGCCUCACGUGGCAGGAGAAAAUAUGUGCAGUUAUCUAUUUUAUUAUUUGUGAUAUUUUUAAAGUUUAUACCUGGAUGGACCAUCCAGGUAUAAAAACUCGAAUAAUAUGUGUUUAUGCUUAUGUUACUACCUGUUCAGUGGGCCAAAGCUUUGAAAAUGAAAGUACAGUGCCUGUUUGAUUUUACUAUGUAUCUAGUCUAUAUCCAAUAUUUUAUUACUCUUUUGGACAGGGCAGUUGCUUUUGUAUGCUAUGUUUUAAUGCAAUUUAAUGUUUCUGAAUGUACUUACCUUUAUGCGUUUAGUUUGAAGUAUGUGAAAUCAAUAAAAAUGUGGUGUCGUGAACUUAUGAUGCUGGGCAACAUACCAUGCUUACAUGCUGUAUUUUUAGUGCAAA